CACUAGCCUAGGCCUUGGUUUACCGUCGUAGCCGUAGGCCUAACAUUGACAGUGACAUAGGCCGAGGCUAGAAUUGAAAGUAACUGAAUUUACUGAAGGUUCUGCGUUAGCAUCAGUCAUUCAGACGUGUGGAGGCAACCUUGGUUUGGUAUUACUGCUGGAACUUUACUUGAGAGCUGGAAAGCUGUGUAGACAAAGUAGAAGUUUCAGCAUCAGCCAGACUUCCAAGAUCGAAAUGACAUCCAAAGAGCGAUUCAAGCCCAAUGAAGGGGACUGGAUCUGUUCGGAUCCCAAGUGUGGGAAUGUGAACUUUGCAAGAAGACCAGAGUGCAACAAAUGUGGAAAAAAUCGAAAAGAAGGGACAGUCUUCAAAAAAGGAGGCACUGAAAUUGGUAAACAACUGGCUGAAAAAAGUAAAGGCUUAUUCAGUGCUGAGGACUGGCAGUGUAAGAGCUGCGGCAAUGUAAACUGGGCUCGUCGAAUGACCUGCAACAUGUGCAAUGCCCCGAAGUACGGGCGGGUGGAGCAGCGCACAGGCUUUGGUGGUGGCUACAUGGAGAGGGAUGAGGUGGUGGAGUACAAACAGAAAGAGGAUUCUGAGGAUGAUGAGUACGAUGAAUUCGGACGAAAAAAGAAAAAAUUCCGCUCAAGGAACAGCACUGAAGGUAGAGAAGAGGAACCUCCGAGGUCAAAAGUGUAUGAGGAAGAAGAGGAGGAGGAAGAAGAUGAAGAUGUCUCAAAGUACAAACUGGAUUCUGAUGAGGAGGAUGAAGAUGAAGAUGGGGACCUCUCGAAAUAUCAGUUGGACGAUAGUGAUGAGGAGGAGGAGAAGAAAAAAGCAAAUGAUUCCAAUUCCUCUUCUAAUGUAAAGAAAUCAGACAGGUCGUCAAAGUCCUCAAGAUCCCGGUCCUCUAGCUCUAGCUCAUCAAGCUCAAGUUCAGAUUCUCGGUCAAGGUCAAGGUCGGGAUCUAGAGGCAGAGUGUCGAGCUCUCGGUCUCGGUCCCGCAGCGGGCGGUCAAGAUCUCGCAGCGGACGGAGGUCCCGUUCCAACAGUAGAAAGAGACGCUCUAGGUCUCGGUCCAGGUCUCAUGAGAAGGGAACGAAAAGAUCUAGAAGAGGGCGCUCCAGUUCCAGGUCACGUUCUAGGUCAAGGUCACGAUCUGGACGUUCCCAUUCAGACUCCAAACGGUCGAGGCGCUGAAUGUCGUCUUAGGUAAAGGUAACCGUGCUGCGGGUCGGAGUCCACCGUUGACGGCUUUCAGUCUUUGUCACUCAUGUUCCUCGAGGAGAUUCCUGUUGGCUCGAAUGGUAGUACCAGAUCCAUGUUUGUGUGAAUGUGUCUAGUUGCUUUUCCUGUGGUGUAAAAUUUAUGAUGUGUUCACCAGCACAUAUAUCUCUUUUUUUCCCCCACUUAUGGGUUCGUGCAGAGUUCUGAUGAAUGAUAUUUCCAGGAGCGUGGUGUUCAGCUUGUGAUGUAAUUUGACAUUCAAGUUCUCAGACAUUCUUCCUUUUUUAAAAAGAAAGAAAAGAUGGAUGUUUUGUCAGUUUUCUGACCGUGUGAUUCCUGUGAAUGUUGCAAGUGAUGUAAUUGUAAGUGAAAGAGGACCUGAUGUUUCACUGCAUCACGGAGCACCCAAAACCAGAUGUUUGGAUGCAGUUUUAUUGGUUUUAAAGCAAUUUUUAAACUGCUGUUGUUUCUGUGUCCCUCAGCUUUGUAAAUGUGUACAGAACUUGUAAUUCGGGGUGAUUCUUGUACCUUUGUCAUGCGCACAUCCCUGGUGAACCUAAUUAAUUAUCCAAUCCUACCUAAGGCUCCAUUCUGAAAACAACUCCCCAACUGUAAGACAAAGAGUGAAGUCCAACAUAAAAUGAAACAUCUAUAUUGCAGUAGAACAUGCCUGAUCGGAUACCUCUCUGUAGUUCCAGGAAUCGGUGAAAAAAGCUUCAAAUUCUAAUGACCUCAACUUUCUCUGUAGUUGCUGUGUAGAAAAACUUAGGAUCUCUCAAAACUGAAUAUUGUGCUGAUGAGUUUUCCUUUAUAGAUAGUAGCUGGUCAAUCCCAACAGUUGCCAAUAGUGAAAGAGAAACAACCGCAGGAUGACAGGCCAUUUAAGUACUUAGUCAGGUGCGCAUUACCAGUGAUAUUUGGGGAUUUUGUUGGGAUCGAGUUAAAUCAGUCCUUUUCCAUAGAGGGAAGGGCGAAUGGUGUGUAUUUUACACAAAAGAUCAUAUAUUUUUAUGUCAUACACUGUGCUGGAUGUUCUUGGAGUUUUCUUAUUCUUUUCAUGAGAUGCCGAUCUGUUACCACUUUACUGACAGUGUUUUGACAGUUUCACAUUUCAUGUUAUCCAGUUGCCAUGCUGAGAAUGUUUCUACUUAAUUAAAUUUCAUAAAACAUGAGGAGGAUAACAGACAGAUCCAUAAGAGUUUAACGAUUAUCAAACAUUUUGAUCUGUCAAAGUUAAGAUUCUGGUGUAGUUUGGAAGAUACAAAUGGUGGCUAGUGGACUGUCUUAUGUGAUCUGUCCCUUCUGUUGUUUUUUUCCCCCCAUUGUUAGUAUUGUUCUUAUCUGGUUCCUGAGAAAUGUAGCGAUUGAUGAGACAAUUUUCAGAAGACUGCAAGUGCUCAUAAGGGGCACCCAUUUGUCCAAUAUGUUGUGGUCUUUAUUUUCUGAUGUUGGUGCUUCUGGUUUUCUUACCUUUCUCUUUUUGUACUGUGUUCAUACCAAGAUACUGCUGCUGGUCCUUUAUGCUGUGUGUGGGUGCCUGAAUUGUCUCUCUUGUCUUCGAAAACAACUUAAGUACCAAGUCCAAAGUACUGUAGUUUGACUGUGUUCCUACAAAUGUACUUGUUAUGGUUGUGAUGAAUAAGACACCUGAUGAAUACAUUCUGCUACUACAGUAUUAUACAAGUAAUAAUGUCUCGCAUCUACUAUAUGUGAAACUGACUGUGGUGCAGUUGUUUGUGGCUUGGUGUGUUCUCCCUGCAAGAGCUGCAGUGACAUUCUUGUGCUCUCCCUUAGAUUAGGUUCAACUUUGUUCUUGAAGUCAUUCCUUGUUUGAUUAUCACCACUACCCCACCAGUUUCUCAAAAUUGUGUUGUUUUUUUUUUCCAAAUGGUGCUUAUGUAAACAAACACUUUCUUUGUUAAGAUAUUAUAAAGUUUUUGUACAUUGCUUAGUCAUGAUGUUAGUGUUGAUAGUUGAUAAAGCUGUCAUUGUAAGUUUGUCAUGAUAGAAAGGCUGGCAAAGUUGAAUGUCAGAAGUUUGUUUAUUGUGACAUUGUGAAGGAUAGCAAAGUUUGAUUUUAGAAAUUUUGAAAAUCAAAUCAGGCAUAGAUUUUCUUUACAUUUUUUAUUUACACUGAAUCCCAUCCUUUCCAAAAUAUGUUGGAAAGCGUUCACGACAGUUCAUAGUGGUUGGAGGUUGCUAAUUCAGCUUAUUUCUUUUGCAUGAUUGCACUAAUUCAUCUGCACUGAAUGAUGAAAAUGACAAUAUCAAAAUAGUUUUUAUUAACCGGUAUUCAGAUUAAAAUUACAAUAUCAAAAUAGUUUUUAUUUACCGGUAUUCUGAUUAUGGAGCCCAAGUUCAUAUAUUAUAUUGUACAAUACUGUGUCUCUGUUAUGCACACAUGGUGAAAGGGUCCUGGCAGACCUCCCUUCCAAAACUGCCAUUUGCUUUGGUAAUGGAAUAUUAUAUUUCAGUACAUGUUCUUAUUCGGAAUAGUGUCAUACAGAAUGUGCAUAUUAUUAGCAAGUCUUGUCAGCUACCUGAAUAAUUUUUUUUGUUCUGUGUGUACUGAACUCCUAACACUAGUUUGUAAAGUAAUAUAGUUGCCCUGACUGUCUCAAAGAAUUGCGUAAAGAUAUGAAGAAGUGUAUGUUUUUCACUUCCCAGUAGGAAAGAAAGAACCUGGAAAGAAUUCAGGAAGAUAUACAUCAUGUAGACUAUAACAGCAGUGUUGACUUUUGAAUACGAGGAGAUUUGUUCCUCAUUGUGCUCGGUACCUGAUAAGAGUUGCAAGUUGAUGGAAGAAUUUUUAUUUUUAUUUUAGCCUGUCUGAAUGAAGUUUGAUGCUCAGGAUUGUUUAAAAACCAUUAUAUAUAUAUAUGUAUGUAUUUAUGUGCUCUUGUGCUAGUUUAUGUUUUCCAGCAUGAAUGUUUUGUUGUUACAAAUGUUACAGUUUGUAUGUCGAAUUGUAAAGGACUAGUGUUACAAUACUUUCUUUGCUGUCCGGUAUUUGAGGUGAAUAAAAAUGUUGACACGUUUUA